CCUUAACAAUCUGUCAGCAAGGCCGGUCCAGUCUCCCCGCUGGAAACCGUAUUACUGAGCCUAGUUAGUUCACUGCGUAUACUCAAAAUAAUCAUGGCUCGGGCAUUGGCCCAAAUGACGUCUAUUCGUGGCAACGGAGUCCCGAACCCCCGACACCUCCGCUUUUCGGGCUCGAGCUCUGGACUGUACACGAGCACCAGCUUGCUUGAACUGUUUCCCGUUGGAUCCUAUCGUUUGACCGAGCCUGUCUGGCAAAGUUACUGGUAGGUAACACCGUCCGGUCUGGCCACCUCGCUAGGUACAGUAACGAGAUACGAGUUGGAGACGUGUCAUGCGACCAUACUAUAAAAGGGUCAUAUUUCCCCGGACAACAACCCCCCGCAACAUCGGCUUCGAAACACCGACUGCGAAUAAGCUUCUUUAUCGUACGAUUGUUCGCCUUCCUGGUUCCUUGCCGGGCGUGCGUGCUUUUGCGACAAAUACCCUUCCGCCACAAAGAUCUGUCGGGUGUACAGUGACCCUGCCCAGGAGCUUAGACGCCGCUUCUAGGACUCGAUUCGCGCAACGCAAUUCCGCAUAUCUGUCUACAAUGGCGACUGCGCGCAAGAUCCAGCUCUCAGCCCAGACGGAUACGGGUAUCUUUAGCUCGGGUGUGAGAGAGGAUACCGCGCGGGCGGCGAGUGAGGCUUUGCAGACGGACAUGGAGAGUCAUCAUGUUUUCUUCAACGAUGAUGGUUUCCACAACCACAUCCCGCAUUCCCUUCUCAGCAUCUACGCUCUCGGCGGAUCGCCCGAGGAUAUCCGCGCAGCUUAUGAGAGGAAUACAUCCUACCAGCGCAAGGUUGUACCCGCCGUUGUCGAGGUGAUCGAAGAAAUGAACAAGACCGGAGACUUCAAAGAGUAUCUUGGGAAGGAGAAGCAUUAUCCGAAUUUCUUGUCGUUCUUCCAGCGCCAGAUCGACGAAAAAGGUGUUGGUGCGGUACUCAAUGAGUAUCUUUUUGCCGAGACUGAGCAGGCGGAGAAUAUGCUAUGCCGAUUGUGGGGAGGUCUCGUUCAUCCACUGAUUCAUCUCGGCUUCGGGCUUGAGUUCAAUCAACCUGCCAUUGUGGCACAGGCCCUCGCACAGGCUGCGGUUCAUGAAGACCGUCUUGGUCGUGAUUUGUUCCUACCUGCGGAGAAGCUGGCUGGCGGGAUCGGAAAGCCCGGGAAAAAGUCGCUGAGACAGCUUUUGGAAGAAAUUCGCAAGGACGAAACCUUGUCUCGCUCAGUCAAGAACACCGACGUGAACAAGAUCCGAGACGGAGUGAUGCACCGUGCUCCGCAGGAAAUGCGCCAGUAUGCUGCGCAGUACACGGUGUCCGAAGACCAGGUAGAGGAGAGACUGGCAGAUAUGAUCAACAACGUUGUUUACUACACCAGUGCCGCCCAGCGACCUAACAAGGCAGUGAAACUGGACUUUUUCUUCAUUCACUGCGUCAAUUCGUCCAUUUUCUUCUCGAAGCUCGCACAUAUCCCAGAGCUGAGCCAGCGAACUAGACUGCGUCUCCUGGAAUGGAAAGGUCGCAUGGACCUACUGAUGUACGUGUCGCGCGGUUGCCCCAAGCUUCUCCGGGAUGAAAUCACAAACUAUCCCGUGAAAAAUGACUGGUCGACUCUCUUUGCCCGCGCCGCAUCCCAUCCUGUGGAUGACGGGCAUUUGGCCAAGUUUGUGCGCGCAGCGGCACACGGGGAGAAGGCGUGCAAACCAUUCGAAAGCCAAGGACCACAGGCUAUGCCCGUAUCUGGCAAUAUGUGGUUGCAAAUCGGAAAUUUGGCCAUCGACUCCACUGUUGGGGAUGAAGAUGGCGCGAUGUGGAUCCGCUCCACUGGUUUCGAUGAGGCAUGGCAGCAUGUCCCCGGACGCGCCCGGCUGUGACGAUGAUGGAUUCCAGGCUGUGAGAGGAUAUGCCUGGUAAUUGAUACUACUCGAAUGUAUACAGCCCAGUGUAUGUGAAUUUGACGGCCGUAA